GCCGCCGCGCGGAUGGUUCCGGGCCGCGUCUGGCCGCGCCGCCAUGCCGCGGUAUUGUGCCGCGUCCUACUGCAAGAACCGCGGCGGGCAGAGCGCCAGGGAUCAGCGCAAGCUCAGCUUCUACCCAUUUCCGCUUCAUGAUAAAGAGAGACUUGAGAAAUGGUUGCGGAAUAUGAAACGCGAUGCGUGGACUCCAAGUAAGCACCAGCUUCUGUGCAGUGAUCAUUUUACCCCUGAUUCCCUUGAUGUGAGAUGGGGUAUCAGAUACUUGAAACAUACAGCUGUGCCAACAAUUUUCUCUUCCCCGGAUGAUGAGGAAAAAGGCUCUUCUCAAAACAGCCCACAAGAGAUAAGGAGAGAAGACCAGGAAGAAACCACUAAAAAUGUAGAGUCCAAGAAAGUACCUGUAUCACUUGAACUUUGUACACCAAAGAAAAGUUCUGUAACUGCAGAAAACCCAGAUAAAAAAGCAGAAGUAAUUUGCUCAACUGUGUUGAAUAAGUCUUUACAAGUGCAGAAACUACAACUUGAAAACAGAGAAGACUUUGAAGCAGACAGUAUCAUUCUUGAUAAUUCAUCUCAGCAGCAUAUACAUCAACCUGAGCCUGUUUUAAUGGCAGCAGCAGUCCAGAAUGUGGAAGCUACUGAUGUUCAUGCGUCUGUAGAAGUUCCAGUAAGUUGUACAGCUACAGUCUUGCAAUUUUCUGACCCUGACUACUUGAAUUCAUCUCUGAAACUGAAAAAUACUUUGGGUUCAAUUACUGACUAUACACUUGAAAAUCCGAACUCUCAUGUUGUAGGCUGUUCUGUUGAAGUGCAGCCAGCAACUGAAAAUGCAGUUUUGGUCAAUGCAGUCACACAAACUAUUGAACAACUGAGUGGAAGUGAGGAAUCUGUCAUUGCUAUCAUCGUACCAGCUGAGAGUCCAAAAGAGCCUGAAAUAAUAAACAGAUCUUUCCUGCCUAUUAAACAAGAGUUUCUUGACACAGAAGAAGCGGAAACAGAUAAUUCUCUGCAUAUGAAUGCAUAUAAUGGACUUGAAAUAUUGCAAACUGAGCAUUCAUACUGCAAACAAGACAUAGACAGAGAGCAUCUGUGGCAAAAAAUUUCAAAGCUCCACUCUAAGAUAACUCUACUCGAAAUGCAGGAGGUAAAAACUCUGGGGAGACUCAGGUCCUUGGAAGCUCUUAUUGGACAACUGAAGCAAGAAAACCUACUUUCUGAAGAAAAGCUCAAGAUUGUAGAAAACUGCUUCACAACACUUGAAGUGACUAUGAUACAGUAAAGGCUUUGAAUGGUUGUUCUUAAGUAUCCUUUUAGCCUCUUUGACUGUCCUUUUGUACAAAUUAACUUUUGUUUCAGUCAUGAUACUUUAAGUAUUUAAUGCAAACUGUGUGAACAGCAAAUGUUCUUUAAAAUGUUACAUCAACCACUGCCAAUCUUAGCUGGUAGACAGUUGCCCAUAAAACAUGACUUGCAAGUGAGUUUUAAAAGAAAAAACAAAACCUGUCUCCUUGAAGUGUAUGAGGUCAAUCAGUAAAAAUGAGUCAAGCUUUUCCAGGUGCAGCCUUCCUGAGACAUGCAAGUUUUGUAUCUGGGGUAGUAGCAUUAGAAUGGACAUCAUAACUGUGUAGAAUGGGCAAUUAUGAAGCAGUAGUUUGAAAAAUGAAAAAAUUGUCCUGGAUAUUCUUUCAAAUGAGUAAAGAGGCAUGUAUUACACAUUGUCCAGUGGAGCCACCAUUACUCUUUAGUCUUCUAUCUGUGUAGUGUUCAUUGAUAGCUUUUGUACACUUUGGUCCUAUUAAAUUUUUCUUCAAUAAA